AAAGUGAGUCAUUAUGAUAUACUUGAAAGCAUUAUAUUUUCACGCGUUCCAUCUCAUGCUUUCAGUUAGUGAUUGCCGUGAAGCAUCUCAAGGUGGAGAUUCAGCGGAUAGUCAAGCAGAUCAAAGAGCAAAUAAAUUUGGACGAGAUGGAGUUACACAUAAAACAACUAUUGAAGAAAUAAAUGAUGCUAUUGAGAGAACAUUUUCGGUUCCUUGUCGUCAUAUUGAUUUGUGCUUGGAUUUAUCAAAAUGA